AUGACGGAGUUUUGUGUGAACGAUUAUCCGUACAAUCUGGAUUAUUGGAAUAUCUCUUCACAAAUCAAUUAUUCGCCAAAUCAGUCUCAAUUUGUUGAACUAGCAAAUGUACAAAAUGAAAUAUCGAUAACGAAUGAUGCACACACAAAUCAUAGUAGUCUUCCACCUCCACAAACUAUCAUGUAUAACUUCCAACUGCCAGAAAAUUCUUCUAAAUUUCACACGAUUUCCAAUGUUGAUACACCGAAAUACCAAUGUCUUGUUUGUAAUGAUUCCUCAACAUCGCAUCAUUAUGGUGUUCGAACAUGUGAGGGUUGUAAAGGCUUUUUCAAACGAACCGUACAGAAAAAUGCGAAAUAUGUUUGUCUAUCGGAGAAGAAUUGUCUUGUAGAUAAACGCCGUCGUAAUCGUUGCCAAUGGUGCCGAUUUCAGAAAUGUUUAGCAGUUGGAAUGAUCAAAGAAGUUGUUCGUACUAACGAAUUAAAAGGCCGUCGGGGUCGUCUACCAUCGAAAUUUAUUCAAAACAAAACGAUUGAACAAUGA